AUGGUGCUGGACCUGGUUCCCAGACUUUCCUGGAUCUGCCUGCUGCUCUGCAGCUCUGCAUUUAGUUUCCCCUUCAAGAAAGUUCAAACAGGUUCUGGUGGAGGGACGGGGAGCCUCUACGGUGGUCCCGGCUCUGACUACUUCUUCUACGGUUUUCCUCAAUCUUCUGGUGGAAGUUCAGGUUCAGGGUCUGGCUCUGGUUCAGGUUCAGGUUCAGGUUCGGGUUCAGGUUCAGGCUCUGGUUCCGGUUCCGGCUCUGCUUCUGGAUCCGGAUCUGGAUUUGGAUCUGGAUUCGUAUUUGGAACUGGAUCAGGCGGUGCUGGAGGUGCAGGAGGUGCAGGAGGUGCAGGAGGUGCAGGAGGUGCGGGCUCUGGAUCAGGCGGUGAUGGAGCCGGUGGUGCAGGUAACGGCUUCCCCCUCUUUGGGAGCUUCCCACUGGACAGCAACUUUGUGGUGGUCCCUCAAUUCUUCGACCCGGACCAGGUCAGACUGCCUCAGUUCUUCUUCGGUAACGCCUUCGACUUCACCGGCGUACCCGUGGGGGCAGUGGCGGUGCGCCCCUCGCCACCCGCAUCCCAUAUCACCCAGACCAGCAAUGGCUACCAGCGAGCCAGAUCCGUCCUGGCCCACACCAAAUUCUCCCCUAACGAUUUUGUCGUGGUUCCCCUCCCUGACCAAGAUGGAAGUCAAGUCAAAGACCAGUACCCAAAGAAUCAAAAGCCGAAAUACUGA